AUGGCCUCAGGUGCAUCACCAAGUGACGGAAUCAAUCCAAAGCUGCCGACAUGGGACGGCAAUUGGAAGACGUUUCCGGACUAUCACUUUUCACCUCUUCUGGAAAUAGAUCGUGACAAGCUGAAGACGAAGGAAGGCGUGCAAUACCUGCUCGACUUUCUCCGUGACAAGCGUGGCAAGCAGCAAGUGGAUCUCCUUGGUGACGCCCUGCAGCAGUUCUUUCAGACGGGCGAGGCCUACCGAAGAGACCAAGAGAACCUCAAUGACUUGAACAACGUCAUGCUGUCCUGGUCAGAGAAAUCUCGAAGGCCAUGA